AUGGAGCGGGUUGCCGUGUUGACGGAUCUGCGCAAACCCAAGAUCUUCUUCCCCACGGACUGGGACUCCACCAUAUUGGUUAAUCAAACGGCUCUGAUUCGGUCGCUACUGCAACAGGACCCCUCCCGUCGUCCCAGCGCCUCGGAUCUUUUGGCGUCGCCGCUGGUGCCACCCCUGAAAUCCACUGAGUCCGCCUUUAGAAAACAGGUUCUGGAGGCCUUCAAUAAUCCCGAUGGUAACCUCUACCGUUUCAUCGUCAACAAUCUCAUGACAGUGUCCUGUUCUCGAGCAGCCGUGAGUAUUAUUGAAUACGCUCUCCUCAUCUUUUGCGUCCGAGCCUAA